UAGGGCAGCUGAACAUCACUUCAAGCCGUGACGUGAAUCUUUUCCACUCCGGUCCGAAGCUGCAGGAGCCUCCCCCUUCCUCCCCUCUCCCUCUUGCUGCUCUCCUCCUCAUGCCUUUCUCCUCCGGGCAACACGGACUUUCAUGGAAAAUGAUUGACUUUAACUGCAAGUAGUUACCCCGAGGAACCGAUGUCUGUGCGCCUUGCACCUACAGCAACUGCACCAGUGUCUUAACGCACUAGAACUUGCCUGCGCUUCGUCAGAAGAGAGCUUAACUUAAUGCAAGUCAGCAAUGGUGCAUCAACUCAUAGAAGAAGAACCUAAAUGAGGAUUUUUUUUUUUGUGGGACAACAACAACAACAACAACAACAACAACAACAACCUUACACUCCCUAAAUCUGGAUCGGGUUGGAUCGAGAGCGGUUCAAAUGUCUCCGUGGCUGCUUUGUGGCUAAGCGGGGGCGCACAACGGGCAGCCCAGCUCCUGACUGUGAAACACAGGGCUAACAUGUUGUCUCUGUUAAAUAAACGUUUUCAACAAAUGAUCUGUUUAGUUUAGUAGCCCAAGUUCGCUGUGUCUUUUUGCGCUGCUCAGUCAUUGCAACAACAGACCAGCAGCCGGAGCAGGUGUGUGGCGACCGGCGCAGAGGAAAGAAGGGAGAUGUAAGAAAGAAGACUUACUACAUCACGACGGAAUAUAAACACUGAAUUGUUCCGCUAUUCACAUUCAAGGCACUUCUUCUUCUUCUUCUUCUUCUUCUUCUUUUGGAAGGCAAUACAAGUAAGUAACAAGUUUGUCCAGGGAAGCCGAGAAGAGAUGACUACCAACACUGUUCUCCUGCUCUCCAUCCUCUCUCUCACAAGCAGCAGGGCAGAGAAUGCAGAGGAACGGCUGGUGAACUACCUGUUGGGUCCAGAGCGCUACAACAAACUCAUCAGACCAGCUGUCAAUAAGAGCCAGCAGGUCACCAUCUCCAUACAGGUGUCUCUGUCUCAGCUCAUCAGUGUAAAUGAGCGAGAACAGAUAAUGACGACCAACUUGUGGCUGUGUCAGGAGUGGAACGACUAUAGGCUGAGAUGGGACCCAGAAAAGUAUGAAGGCAUCAAGAAACUACGUAUACCAUCCAAACACAUCUGGCUACCUGAUAUAGUGCUCUACAACAAUGCUGAUGGCGUGUACGAGGUUUCCUUCUAUUGCAAUGCUGUGGUCUCCAACACAGGAGACAUCUUCUGGCUUCCCCCGGCCAUCUACAAGUCGGCCUGCGCCAUCGAGGUGCAGAACUUCCCCUUCGACCAGCAGAACUGCACUCUCAAGUUCCGCUCCUGGACCUACGACCACACAGAAGUUGAUCUCAUCCUCACGAGUGACUUUGCCAGCCGUGAUGACUUCACGCCAAGCGGAGAGUGGGACAUCGUCUCGCUCCCAGCACGCAAAAACGAGGACCCCAAUGACAUCACCUACCUGGAUAUCACCUAUGAUUUUGUGAUCCAGAGGAAGCCGCUGUUUUACACCAUUAAUCUGAUCAUCCCAUGCGUGUUGAUCACGUCGCUGGCUAUCCUGGUGUUCUACCUGCCGUCAGAUUGCGGGGAGAAGAUGACGCUGUGUAUCUCAGUGCUGCUUGCGCUCACUGUGUUCCUGCUGCUGAUAUCAAAGAUAGUCCCACCCACCUCUCUCGCAGUGCCACUCAUAGGUAAAUACUUGAUGUUCACCAUGGUGCUGGUCACUUUCUCCACUGUGAGCAGCGUCUGUGUCCUCAAUGUGCACCACCGUUCGCCAUCCACCCACCACAUGCCUGACUGGGUCAAACGCCUCUUCUUAGUCCGCCUGCCCACCUUCCUCCUCAUGAGGCGUCCAGGCUCUUCCAAUGUCCGCGAUAAGCUCCGCCGGAAGUACGCCAACCGGGGCACGGUUGGGAAAAGCAAUUCCCAGAGUGGCUUAGAGAAGAAGCAGUACUCCAACAUCAGACUUGGUGGGAUCCGAACGGACACCGACUCUUUCUACGUGAAUGAGGACUUGGCACACAAGUUUUGCUGGAAGGUGGGCGACAUCCCAGAUGGGGGUGGCGGGUUUUCAGGUUUGCGGAGGCGUUUGGCUGUUCAGUGGGAUGCAGAUCUGGAGGAGGCAGUGGAUGGAGUGAGGUACAUCGCUGAACACAUGAAGACCGAAGACGUCGAUGAAGGGAUCAUAGAAGACUGGAAGUACGUAGCCAUGGUGAUAGACCGUCUGUUCCUGUGGAUCUUCAUCCUGGUGUGUGUGGUGGGAACUCUGGGGCUCUUCAUGCAGCCGCUGUUCCAAAGCUAUAACACACCCACUGCUGAUGACGCAGAGUAUGGAGAUUUCUAGGAUUUCUGUGACAGGUGAAAGAAAACAGUUGAAUAAUCGUCUGUCAUAGAAAGUAUAAUUGAGAGGCUCUGAUCAGUCUUUGUUGGUUGGAUCUGAUACAAAACCAGCCUAAUAAUGCAGCCAGCUACAUUGGUUGUGUUUGCAACAGUGGACCUCAAAUCAUACGGGAACACUUUUUACUGCAUGGCUUCUAUUUUUGACAGACUAUGCUUCCUUCCAAGCUCCGCCGUCACCACAGGCAUGGCAGUAUUGAUAUACUUUUUCUAACUAGGUGACAUUGUCAUGGAGCCAAGAUACAAGAACAUACGAGACAGGUGCAGUCACUAUUUUUUUUUAAUAAGUCAACCACAAACCACAAAACUGGUGAAAAAUACUGGUAAUUUGUCAUCUUUGUUUAAUUUUGGACUGGCUGUGCUGCUGACCAACAGUAGGAGCUCUGUCUAAUGGAGGCACAAAGGUUCAUCACACAUGAUGUCUGCUCUCCUCUGCAGCACUUAAUACCUUAAUACCAAUUGUUCAUGUUGCUACAGUACGAUGAAUGGGCCAUCCUGUUGUGUUUCCCUACACUUUUCAAACCUUUAUGGUAACAAAGCAAAGACACUUUGUCUUAUCCACUUUUUCUCUUCAUGAAAAUAUUAAUGCACCAUCCCUCUCGCUCUGUCCAUUUCUGCUUCAGAGCUUUGUAUCUCAGCUCCUCCAUCCACCUCCCAAGCAGUGUUGUAAUCUUUAAUGCACUUCUGUCUUAUUUUGAAGAAUGUGUAUUCUACUCUUGCUUCCUCUUUCUGUCUUUCUCUCACUUGUUUGGUUAUUCUUUUAUUUUCUCUCCUUUUGUUUGUUUGCCAUAUCACGUCACAAUUGUAGCAGCACCAGAUUCUAUACAGCAUUAACAAUAAAUAUGACACUGACUGUAUUCUAUUACAUGUUGAAUAAAAUGCUGUGGAUUUCAA